AUGCAGUCGUCUCGCAAACGCACGACUGAUCUACCUCGCCCUGCUUCGUCGGACUGGCCAACGGACAGCAGCAAACGCAAGGAUGCUACUCUGCAUCUUCCAUGGCUAGGCCGCUUGACUGCUUGUCUACCACGCCGACUGCAGUCCAAAUAUCUGCUCACAGCUUGCGCGCUUAUCGUUACCAUAUUCUGCCUCCUGCUCCUCGACCCCGUACGCUCAAGAACGUCACGGGCCUUCAGCUACAUGCGCGGCGACCCGCCCGACUAUCAUGAGUGGCACGAGCGCGAAGUAGCACUACCACAAAACAAUCUGGACCUGCCUCCGCCGCAGGGAAGGCAAGGGCGGUAUAUCCGCUUCCAAAAUCACAUAACCCAUGUUGGAUGGGGUAAUGCGAUGCAAGAGAUGAUAGUGAAUAACCACUUGGCCUAUCGGUCCAAUAGAAUAUUUACGAUGUAUAAUUACACUUGGGACAAGUACACUAAGCGCGACUACUCCACCUUUGGCGACAAGAAGAUACCCGCACGCAUCCCCAUCUCUGCGCUCGUCUCCGGUCCGUUGGCCGGAGGCGAGUACCCGGUGGGUGACUAUCGCCCGCCCGCCGUAACGUCGGAGUUCUUCGACGAGGUUUGCCCACAUCCCACGGUUCUCUCAGUCGAGUCUAUCCGCUCCGAGUACUCGAUCGGCUGGGACUCGGCCGCAACGAUGUUCGACAAGUACACGGCUGCACUGAACGCUGUCAAGGACAACUGCGUCGAGCUCAAGGACGAAAGUGGACAGAUCUUCGACUUCUGGAUCUUCGGGUCGGGAGCACGCAUGGCGGAUGCGUGGCCACAGCUCAUCUCAUCACCUGUGCUCACAGAAUGGGCAUGGUCUCCGCUGGUGACCAGCAUCGUCACCCGGAACGGCGCUCUCAUCCACCCGGAUAUCGGUUUUCUAGAUGUUCGCCGGCGCCUUAGCCUCAAAGGGUUGCUCGCUGUCCAUCUCAGGAGGGGCGACUUCAAGGGUCACUGCGAGAAUCUGGCGGAUUGGAGGAGCGAGUACAAUGCCUUCAACGCGCGACCAGACUUCCAGGAUCAGUUCACGAUACCACCAGGCGGUGGUGAGGGCAAGCAUACGGACGAGACACUGAAAUGGUACAUGGAUCACUGUUUCCCGGACAUCCCGCGUAUCGUAAAGCGGGUACUCGAGUUCCGCGCGGAUGCUGCGAUACAGGGAAGGUCACUGGAGAGGAUAUACAUAGCCACGAAUGGAGAGCGGGAGUGGGUGAAAGAUCUCACUGAUGCAUUGAAUAAGACGGCUGCGUGGAAGAGUAUAGCCACGAGUCGAGAUCUGGUGCUUAAUCGGGAGCAGGAGUUCGUGAAGCAAGCGGCGGAUAUGUUCGUUCUGUCGAAAGCGGAAGUGUUCGUGGGCAAUGGGUGGUCGAGCUUGAGCUCGAAUGUUAACCUCCUACGGAUGGCGCAGAAGCAAAAGCCAGAGACGUCGCGGUUCUGGUAG